AUGAAGUUUACCGCCACUACCGUCGCCGCCAUCCUGGCUACUGGUGCUCUUGCCCAGCCUGCGUUUACCAACAGUGUGGUCAACCCCGAGGAGGGCAAGCCGUUCACCCUCACAUUUGAAGGCUGCACGAGCGGCUGCACCAUUACUCUUCAGACCGGCCCCAACUCUCAGGCGCUCUCGGAUAUCCGCACCCUGACCACUGAUGCCACCGGCGGUUCCUUCGAUGUCACUCUCAGCAAUCUUGGCUCGGGCUCCUACAACUUCAAAAUCACCAGCAACAGUGACGGCUCGGAAAACUACAGCACCACGUUCUCCUACCAAGGCUCUGGAACUACCUCUUCCGGCCUCUCUAGCAGCACGUCGCCGACUUCUAGUGGCUCCAGCGGCUCUACUACGGGCUCAACUUCGACCGACUCGUCUAGUGAAUCGUCUAACACCUCGUCCGCUACGAGCUCGAGCGACUCUUCCGCUAGCACCGGCUCGACCACCUCGACAGGCUCUUCCUCGACUAGCUCUGCCAGCUCCACCAACUCAUCUCGGUCCAGCGGCACCACCACUGCUCAGCCCACCAGCACAUCACCGCCUAACAAUGCUGGUUCUGUUGCGGGUGUCUCUCCCCUCGGCCUUGUCGCUGCUGCUGCCGCCGCUCUCUUCUUGUAA